UAUAAAAAAUCUUAAGAAAAAAGCCUUUGCAUUAGUGUUUUUGUGCUUGAUAUUUCAGAAAAUUUAGUACAUUAGUAAAUGAAUUUUUUUCCACCCAGACACUCCCCUUAAAUGGCCCAUAUCAUCAAGCAUUUGCUAGAAAACAAGAUAUCAGUUGAAAAUGUAUUCCUCUGGAUUGUGAGUGAAGAUUAUUCUUCAAAAAAUGAGUGUCCACUUGAACUCGGUGAUGCAGUACUGCAGAAGAAAGAGUUUGUGCAACUAUUUUUGAACUUUCUGCGGAUUCAAGCCAACAGCCAUGUGCUACCCAAUACUCCUACGGGCGGACAGCAGUGUCAGAACCCCAGCACUCCUUCCUUUGGAAUAACGGCUGUCAAGUAUGUGUCUCCUCACAAAGCUACUGGAAUUUACCCCACUAACCGUAACACCCGGAGUGGAGCUGGUGGAAAGCUUGAUUUUGGAGGUACUCCAUCCAGGUCACGGGGCUUCCACUCCAGUCGUGCCAAGGCGGGUGUUGUCCCAAGUGAUGGUUUGUCUCCUUGUCACACCGACGAGUUUGUGCAAAGAGGAGUCAGCAACUCCAGCAUCACUCCUGCACCAAGAGAUGGAGAAUUGGUUGGGCCUGAUAGGACCUUACUUUUGUCUCCGACUGAGUCCCUUUGCUCGGGCACCACUCCUGGCAGAGGGCGUCUGUGUUCAAGCACUCCCAAGAGUGUUGCACCAACCAACCUGACCAGCUCUAGAGAAUUUGGUUUAUGGGGAUCUUCUGCCAACACACCCAGAGCGCCAGGAUGCGAUAGAACGGACAGAAAUGAUGCAUUCAGAAGGAGAUCGUAUUCAGGAAACAAAGUUUCAGACACUGAAAUGCCACCCGGUUUUGAUAAUCUAUGGAAAAAGAAUAAUCAAGAAAGAACUUAUGAGAAACAUUCAGGGUUUAGAAAUACCUUACAGGAUUUUAUGGGUGGAAGUAUAGACAAAAAAACUGCUCGGAGAAGGUAUACUGGCGCCUGCACUAGCUUUGACUUCAUUGGAGCUGCAGAUUGUAACACAUGGACUAGGCAAAGUGUUCAGACAAAACUAGACAUAUCAGACUCGUCAUCUUUUCCAUCGCUUGGGCGACCAUCAAACGGUGCGCAAGCUUCACCUCGCGUUGUCAACAAGCUGGACAGACACAAGAAGAAGAGGAUAAAACCUACUCGAGUUAAAGUCCCAACAGAAGACGUUGGGAAUGGUGGAAACUGUAAUACUGGGGUGAAAACGACCGAAGGCGCCACGCCUAUGCUUGAAGAGAAGGCUUUAGCUGUCGAAAUAAAAUUGGGUAAGGCAUGUGGACUGCAAGAAGAGAGAAUGAUGUUGAAGCGUCUCAAAGAUGAAAUGAAGAGAACCAAACAUGUAGACACAAAUAUUGUUGGAGAACCGUCGUGCAUAGGUGAAGAAGCUCGAGGUUCUCAGGUCCCAUCUGGCGACCAAGCCCCUGGUGAACGGUGUUGUGAUGAGUCUCGCGUAGUGCCAAAAACGGCUGACAGCAAAUGUGUAACUGCACUUUCUGAGUACACUCAAGGAGCUUCUGACCCUUCAUCUAGACAAUGCAUUGUAAAAAGGGUUCGGUGCACGAAAGAAAGUCUAUCUGACAGUUCACUCAACAAUUCUGAUUCAAUAAGUGAGAAGGAAAGACCAGUCGGAAAUGAUCAUGCUACGAACGUGGGGAUUAAUCAAGAGUCUUUAAUUUUUUCUGGCACUACCUCCGUAUCGAAAACUUUUUCAAAGAACACAGAACAAAUUGAUUGUUCUCCUUCCAUGGUGACCAAUAGAAGAAGUAUUGAUAUCUGCGCUGACCUUUACUCUAAACUUUUGCUCUAUAACUUGACCCCGAGCUUAGCAUCUGAACUCCACUUUGUGUUCCAGCUUUUGACCGUCAAGACUUGGCUUGACGACGGCCAAGUAGAACCUCAGUACAAGUCUGGUCUACCCGACCUUCUGUACAGUGCACACAACUGCGUUUAUUUUGCCAUUUCGGUUCUGUUGAGAUCCAGGCAUCUGAUUAAGUUGCUUGAUCGCUCCAUCUUGCGCUUGCUGGCCGAAAACAGUAGAGUACAACUUUUUUGCCCAUCUCUGCAAGAAGAUCUCAAUAAAUUGGCUCAUAGCUUACCAACCCAUCUUUCUCCAAAGCAGACCCCUCGAUCUCCCAUGAAAGGUGUUCCUUUUCAAAUUGAGAUCGACAACCGUUCCAGUUUUCCCGACAACACCACUUUCCAUGUCUUCAAGAAGCAACGAGACAUCUUCUACGAGUUGCUUCGAGAGUGGGAGUGUGAGCACGAGUCUCCUGACUGGUCAUUCUCUUACUGCCUCGGGGAUGCCAUUCGAUCACUGCUACAGUUGGGACCAGACCCUUGCAACACGGCCCAUUUGGCAAGAUUAUUUGUCGCGCAGUUGUUAUGUGCAUGUGAGUCUGGUCAAAAGGAACUCAAACAACCCGACGAUGGCGAUGUUCUCUCCGCACUCAAGCGCCGUCAACCAGAAAAAUUUGAACGCUUGCAAGAACGUCUCGUAACUCCGUCUUCAACGACUUCUUCCGUUAACCCUGCCCCUUCUUUCCCGGGAGUGCAACAGUUCUUCAAAGACUUCAUUAUGGAAGGCGCAUCGCCAUCUUUCAGUGCUCUUUUGGAAGAACAUCUGAUAGCUAAAAUCAGUGACCUCCUGUGCCUUACAAGCAACCGACGGGAAUCUCCUUCGUCCAGCCAAUCAUCUCUUUUAUUACGGCAGGUUGGCGUGUUGGGAAAAUUCUUGGGAUUACUGUGGUUUGCUCCUUACUGUUCGCCUCUGACUUUGCCACAGCUUGCCCUUGCGCACCAAGUCACGCUCAGAAGCAAAGUGCAUCUUAGACUGCCGCUUUGCUCAGUGCUACGUAGCUGUGCAAGGCAGGGAUGCUUGGUUGCGGCUGUGUUGCUUUGUGUACAACUGCUCAGUGUUUCUGACGUAGCUGCUCUUCACACCACUCAUCUGCAGACAGCUGUAUUUGCUCUUAUGCACGUGUACAAACUUGCUCUCUGUGCAUGCACAUGCAAAGAAAUAAUACUUGAAUCGCAGGAAAAGAGCACAAAGCCGUCCCGUGAAUUAACUGAAAAUCAGUGUUCUGUACUUGAACGCCGCCACGGUAGGAGAAGCCUGUAUAGCAGUGAUAUUGCAAUCAUUGCUGAAGACGAGUCUGAUGUUAGUCUGGGGAAAGAAACUACAAAAUUAGAGCGUCAGUCUGAAAUCAUUGGUAGUAAACGUCGUAUUUUGAAUUUUAGUUCUGACGAUGCUUUUUCAGAUGAUAAGUCUUUUAAGUGUGGUUGUAAUGGAGUUGCCAUGAUUGGUUCUAGGACUGAAAUGAAUUCUAACGAUGACCGCACGUCAAAUCUUGAGAAAAAUUUUCUUUGUGAGGACUCAAUUCCUUCUACCGAAAAUUGCAGCAAUUCUUUUGAAAAUAGCAAUAAUGCAAUCGCAACAAGUGGUCAUGAUUUUAAAAUUUCUCAUCACGGAGUGAAUUCUAUCCAAAUGAAAGGCAGAGAAGAAUCAUCUUGUUCAAAAAGUUUGGAUUCGCACUUUUCAAGCGUUUGUCAACACAUGCCACAAGAAAAUGUUCAAGAUCGAGAAGAUGUCUUCAGCACACGCAAUCCUAUAAAUUGCAAUGAGAUUUAUUUCAGUCAGAGCUGUCAUCAUCACCAUCACAUGCCAGGUUCUGCAAGAACAAAAUCGUCGUUUUCAGGAGAAGUCAGCUUGUUUCUGCGGCUGCUGUUGGGGUGGCUUUUUGAUCUGCCUGUGUUCCCAGAUGGUCUCUUCUACGCCGAGCUGCCUAACACUAGCAUAGACAUCAAGGAGUACAAGAUGACGGUUGCAGUAAUAAAUGAGCACUACACAUCUCCGUGCAGCCUUCGUUGCGCCUCGCAUCUUUCCUCAAACUUUCAUGUUCACGAGUCUACGCGCAAUCAAGAGCGGCCAUCAAACUUUUCAAAAACUCCAAGCAAGAAAAAGAUUUCAAACCAUAAAAACCCGCAAUCCGUACCCCAGAUACUCAACCAUCAACGUCCCGUAUCUCCAAAUAAAUCUGUAUUACGGGCAGAUCCUCACGUGCAGCAUAUUUAUCAGUCAGUACAAGACAGUAAAUGUAAAUGCACUAAUUUGAACAAAUGUGGGAGUUUGAACUGUCAACGCUCCGAGUCAAAUUUCCAAUCAGAAAUGCAUUUGAGACACAAUACCUGCGAUGUUCCUUCUAGGAACCGUUCUGUGACGUAUAACACUGCUGAGGGCGUGGAAAAUAGAAUUAUUUGUUCUGAUGAACAUUGUUCCAACGGUACAAACGUAAUGCCAAUAAAUGAUGCGAAUUCACAUCACCUAUGCAAUCAAGACCAUUCCAACAGUAACAUUCCACUCAAAUACGAUUCAAAAUAUGCUGUCUUGUGUCAUGACAUAAAUUCCCCUGUUUCAUCACAAUUCGCGUCAGCGUGUAAUAUUACUAAGCAAGAGGAGGAUUGCUACCCGGUGUAUGGAGAUGCUGAUGCCACCUCAUCCAUUAACACCCGAGUGAACAGCGUUACAGAACCUCCUCGGUGUUUUGUGACGCCGCUGAAGUGCAGAACGCGUGACAACGUUACGGCAGUAACGUCACCUGAUGUGACCAUGACGCUGACGGACACCCCUCACCGGGGGGAGGAGCUGGUUGAGGGGGUGUGUCCUCCUUCUCCCCCUCCUGCCCCACACAGAUUCGAUGAACACAUUCGUGUUGAUUCUCAUCUGCUGAAGGAGUGGUGUCCUCAGCUCGCGCCGCUCCAAGGGAUGCUCAGAAAUGCGUUGGACGGUUCCGGAGACCGAGCCUCGCACGGCAGCGUCCGCAAAAUCGCACCUCUUUCUGCUCUGCCUCACCGCAGGCAGCCGGACUCACCCUCCGCGACUACGGACGGCAGCGCCAGUGAAGGAAAGAAGCCCUCGAACAAACAAGACCUCAGCCAACAUAGUCUUCAGAACCAGCUGGAGGAAAGUUUCUUUCACCAGCAGCCAGCUUGCGUUCGAGAAUGUGUUACAUUCGUAAUUGACCACCUGACAACCAACUGCCUGCGCCACCUUCGUACAACCCUCUUACCAGCUGCCGUUGCCUUCGCCACUCGUGAUCUUCAAGAUCGUUUUGACUCGGAGUUUGGUUUGCACGAAUCUUCAGCCCUGGAACCCGAAAUCUCAAUUCAAGAUUGUGCAAAGUUCAGCUCAACGGACGAGGUGGAGGCCGUGGCCAAAAGAGAGCUGCUACAGGCGCUGACAAGUUUGCGUGGCCAAGUUGCCCAGCAGUGUGUGCAACACCUGCAACAACAACUGCACCAGCAACAACAGCUGCUACGCAUGCUGCUACCUAGUGAUAUCUCGGAUAAGGCGGUUGCGGUGUGCUGUGGGGUGGUGGUGCGCAGCUGCAGUGAGCGGGUGACUGCUUGGCUCAGAAAUGACUUGGUCCCGACCACUCCUCCAUCCCUCUUCUCCCCUGUCACACGCACCACUCUCAGGAGGGUUCUCACUAAACUGGAUCUAAACGUGACGCCGAAUUGGAGUCUGACAAGUUUUCUAGAGGCCGCAACUUGCGAGAUCGCUUCUCCUGCCAUGGGUGUUGUGACCGUCCCUGCGUUUGAUGUCUCUCAGACUGUCGCCACUAUUACUGCUAACGUCAACUCUAUUGAUGGAAGUCAGCCAAUUCAAUCUCCAGUGAAUUGCCGCAAAAUAAUCACCUCAGCUACUACUGAUCUAGAUUUUCCUAACAAUCUCACUCUUGCAAAAGCCGCGUCUACCGACGCCAACAUUUCAGCAUCAAUUUCUUCAGUCCUUGUCGGGAAGUCUCCUACUGACCUCUGUAGUAAUUUACAUUCUGCUCCCAUUUCUAACACGGGUACUUCUGGCUCUUUUUCGUUCAUGAUUUCAUCUUCUAUUGUACCUGCUAUUGCGUAUGCUUAUUCUUCUUGUACUAGUUCAUCUUAUUGUGUCUCCACAUUAUCUUCUUCUAAUUCUGUUUCGUCAUGUACUACUGUCGUUGCUGCCAACCAGUCAAGCUCAUCAACCGGUGCGGCUCUAGCUCCAAGCAUACCCAUUUCUUGUGGUACCCUAUUUAACGCUCGCACGAAAUUUAAUUCUACAGAAAUAAAAGACAAUUCAAGUUGUGGGCUGUUUUCUCCAGCUAACGAAUGUGUUGCUGACAAAAGCCAAAGCCCUGUGCUAUCUAAUUCGAAUUUCAUUAUUUCGCAUGAAGAAAACGCCGCAAAGAGUUCUAAUCGCCAGAAUAGAUUUUUGAAGGACGUCGAUUUUAACUCUAGUGGACUCUUGGAUUACACGCUGGACCUGGCAAACAUUUCGGCAACUAACGUCUUUGCCGAAGAUAAAGCUGCCUUUGCUCAUGUUUCAUGUGGGAAAGAAAUGCACGACAAAGAUGCCCCGGUUCCUUCUCUUCUCAAGAUUGAAAUGAAGGCUCUUGCAAAAGCUCUACUGAAUUCGUUAACGAUACCCGGCUUGCCUCAAUUCAAAUCUUACCUGCGGCAGCCAUAUUCUACGACCACCUCCUGCCAGGAGAGUGCUGUUGAUCUCCCAGUCAGGACUCACAAUGGCGUGUUGAGGGAGCUCUCGAACGUUGCACCUCCCCUCCCCGUGACCGCCGAGCAACUGAGGGUGCUCGCUGUAGCGCUGCGCGACUGCGUGACGAGAAGAGCAGACAUCACCUCACCUCUUCUGCGCGGGUUCAAAACGCUCUCGGUGGACAUCAUCACUACUGCAUGUGCCGCGUACCCUGAUCUCGUGACGCCCUCUGUACUGGACGACUACAUCGCCUUGUGGGGACCUGACGCUCCUCUUGAAAGCCCCCCAUCCCUCCCAACCACCGUCCUGGCCCCACGAGUUCUGCACCUCAUUGAGUUGCGGUCCAGAAGUGGUGAGGUGUGCAGCAGUAAAGGUCUACAGCAGCUGCUGCAUGCUUGCGUUGAUGCCAGUUUGCUGCAGCGUGAAAUGCUGCACGAUAAAGCUGUAGCCCUGCUGCAGCAUUCCUGGUUACCGGUGGUGCUGCAGGAGCUGUCUUCGUUGGUGCAAAGCCUGUGUGAUGCUCAAGACGACGACGCUGUGGUGUCAUUCCUGCCGUGGCUCUGUCAAGAGAUGGAGAAUCUUUCAGAUCCUGAAUGAAAGAACAUAUUCCAGAUGCACAAAAAUCUUUCAUCAAGUAAAAACACGAAAGAUGCACCUUCGGGGGAAGAGGCAUAUUCCAGAUGAACAAAAAUCUUUCACUAAGGAAAAACAGAAAAGACGUACCUUCAGGGGAGCAGUUGGAUUUUCUUUGUUGAAAGUGAAGAGCAUUCUUCUUGUUUAUGUACUUGUCUGUCCUUAUCACUUGCCGCUGGUCAAGUUACUUGAAGAAGCUUGAAGUUAGUUACUUGAAGAAGCUCUGUGUCGAGAAAUAAUAAGUCUUUUUCAUUAUGGUUAUCAGGCAAACUCGCAAUUUACAUGUCGUUUGUGGCUUGAAAAACGCAGAAAGAAGGUCAUUCCAGAUAAUUCCUUGUAUUUUAUUUAUGUUCUCCUUGGAAUUAUUUCCAAUUUUAUAGUAUUUUUCAAGCAUUAACUUCUAUUUUCUUACCUUUUUUUAGUUGAAGUCAGUUUAAUUUACAUUCGGUUAAACAUGAUUCCAUCUUGGCUAUUCAAUUCAUUCUGCGAGACUGUGAUGAAGUAGAUUUUUUUAGAUUAGGUGUUAGAUAUUUACCAUGACUGCAUCUGCUGCAAUAAAGUAUUUUUAAUUU